AAGAGGAGACAAGGAAGACAGGAAGGGAGGAGGAGUGUGGUGUAGCGAUAGGCAGAUGCGGGUUGAGGCAAGUGCGGAAGAGGGAGCGAGGUGUUGUUGAUGAGGAUUGCGCCACACUCAUCUCAGUUGGCGCCGAGGGAGCAGUACUAGGUGAGGCGGUGGUCAAGGUUCGGCGAGACCAAGCAUGGAGUAUCGCUAGACAAGCCCAACAGCCAACAGCCAACAGCAGCAAGCACAAGGCAGAUGAGCCGGACGGACUAGCACGCUUCGCAUCCGCAGCAACGCGCGCAUCCAUCCAUGGCAGCAGCAGCACAUGGAGUGACGGCAAGGCAGGCGGGACGAGUGAGCUGCGUGCGUGCGUGCGUGCCAUGUCCGCCGUCCGAGCCAGCGGCAGCGGCAGGUUACUAAGUGAUGGGUUUAGUGGUUCGUGGCUCAUGCUCACCACGGACGACUGUUGUGGAUGGACGGCUCAUGCUCCCAAGGACAAGGCUCACGCUUCCUAA